AAUAAAUAUCAUCAGUUUGCUUCUCCUUCGCUGCUUUCUCGCUGAUAGAGAGAGAGAAUGGCGGGGGCAACAUCAUCAAGUUUGAUAUGGUCGCCAUGGCAAGCGACUCUUCAGCAAUCUACUACUAAUAAUAAUAGAUUUUAUCUCAAAAAAGGCUAUCCCUUUCCUUGUCACUCUGUUUACAAUACUUUUAAUUUCAAAAGACGUUUUCUUUCUUCUUCCAAAUAUAACGAUGACCAUGUCGUUACCGAUUCUUCUGCCUCCUCCAAGCUUUCUCCGCUUCAGACCCAUUUCUCUUUCUCUGCAAUACGUGUUGUAGGGUGUGGUUGUUCGUGGAUUCAAGACAAUUCAAUGGUUCUUGAUUCGCCUACAAGUAAUGUGCUGCUGACGUCCAAGAUAUGCUCAGCAUUACCAAGCAAAACAGUGGAUGUCUCUUCAGUGUCUGACCUUUUUGAGUUCAUUUGCUCGGGUCCACUCGUGGACAAGAUCGGCAUCACUCCUGAUAGUCUUGGUCAGUCCAUUGACAAAUGGUUGCUCUACGGCUCCCAGCUCUGCAGGCUCUUUCAGCUUAAUGAGCUUAUGCUCACCAUUCCCCAGAAAGCCAGGCUUUACCAUUACUAUAUCCCCGUCUUUGUUUGGUGCCAAGACCAGAUUGCUCUGCAUACUUCCAAGUUUAAUGAUGGAGAUGAUGUGCCUCCACUUGUGAUUGGAUUCAGCGCGCCUCAAGGAUGUGGCAAGACUACACUUGUGUUUGCACUUGAUUAUCUUUUCAAAACUACCAAAAUGAAGUCGGCAACAAUAUCCAUUGACGAUUUUUACUUGACUUCACAAGGCCAGGCUAAAUUGAGAGAAGAGAAUUCAGGAAAUGCACUCCUAGAGUAUCGUGGAAAUGCAGGAAGCCAUGAUCUUCCAUUCUCUGUCGAAACCAUAGAAGCUCUGACUAAACUCACCAAGGACGGCAUGAAGAUGAAAGUUCCUCGGUACGAUAAGUCUGCGUACAGCGGAAGGGGUGACAGAGCCGAUGCAACAACAUGGCCUGAAGUUGAAGGACCUCUAAAGGUUGUUCUCUUUGAGGGAUGGAUGCUUGGUUUUAAACCUCUUCCUGCUGAAGCCGUUAAAGCAGUGGAUCCUCAGCUGGAGACAGUUAACAAGAACCUUGAAGCGUAUUACGAGGCAUGGGACAAGUACAUAAAUGCUUGGGUGGUCAUCAAAAUCAAGGACCCAAGUUAUGUUUACCGGUGGCGCCUUCAGGCGGAAAUAGCAAUGAGGCAGGCUGGCAAACCAGGGAUGUCAGAUGAUGAGGUGAAUGACUUUGUGUCGAGGUAUUUGCCGGCAUAUAAGGCCUAUCUUCCGACCCUUUACGCGGAAGGACCUAGCGGCUCUGACUUAGAGCGUGUGCUUGCGAUAGAUAUUGAUGAAGAAAGGAACCCCAUACUCGCUACCUAAAUGACAUGUUGUAUGUAAAAGGAGUAUAACACACUACAUGAUCACACUUUGUUACUUUCCAUCUUUCUGAAAUGCUAUUUCUUACAUUUUGUAUACUAAAACAGCAGCAAAGUUGUAGCUAUUAUGCAGGAGAUGAGUAACACUAUUUUUU